AUGUCCGAAGCCUACGAACGCGAACGCCAAAACAACGACUCCCUAACCUCCCUCUCCCAAAAAGUCUCAGCGCUCCGCAGCGUAACAAUAGACAUAUACGACAACGCACGAGAUCAACACGUCAUCGACUCGACCUCGGAGACAUUUUCCAGCAUGACAAGUUCCCUAACAGGCUCGAGUCGGAGAUUGGUGACGAUGGCGCAGAGUGGGAAUAAAGUCGCUGUGAUCAAAUUGGCGGGAAUUUUGAUUGGAGUGGUGGUUUUGGGGUAUUGGAUUUUGCGGUGGAUUUUUUAA